AUGCUGGAGUGGAGCCACGCCGGCGUGCUGCUGAGCGUGGGCCGCCUUGGCCCCUGGUUCGCGGCCCUGCCAGAGGAAUCGUGGCCGGAGGACGCGACCGCGCGGGAGCGCAUCCGCGCGGACUUUGACCCGACCUCGCCGCCCGAAGCCGUGGGUGACAGGCGGCAGGAGGUGGUGUUCAUAGGGCAGUCCCUGGACCGCGAGGCCAUCACGGCGGCGCUGGACGCGUGCCUUUGCAGCGAGGAGGAGGUGGCGGCGGCGGCGGCGGGGCGGCUGGAGGACCCGCUGUUUGGGGAUGACGACGAGGAGGAGGGGGAAGGGGAGGAGGAGGAGCAGGAGGGCAGGGAGGGUCGAGGCAAGAGGCAGGAGAAGUAG